CAUCAAUUGUCUAUCAUCUUCUUCUUAUUCUUCUUCAUUUUUCUUGUGGAGGAAGCAAACGUUUUAUUGUUUUUUUCUUUAAUUCAGCAUAACGCUAACUGAUAACUGAGGAUACAUUGUCGAGCUGGGGAAGAUGUAUGUUUCUUUUUUGAGACUGCAAACUGUUUUGUUGUUUUCCAAAUAAUUUGUGUUGACUUUAUAACCGUGUAGAAGAAAGUAAAAAAUGGAAAAGGCCAUUUCUCAGUUCCUUCUAUUUAUUUUCUCGCUUAUAUGUUUGUAAAUUUUUUUUUCAUUUUUGUAUAGUUAAUAAUAAACUUAAUUUAGAUCAUGAGGCGUUCAGUAUGUAACAUAGACUGAUGUUUUUAAAUGAAAUGUUCCGUUACAUGUGACAAUCCAUACCGAUAUUAAUUAUAAGGUAUAAUCGCUAUGAAUGAUUGAGUUGGCCAUCAUAAUAUGUAGCGUAGUAGGAUGACUUCUCACGAGAAAUGAAGAACAAGAGGAUAAUCAAUCAAUGAUAAAAUACUAUUUUAACAUUUAUCAUGCAGUAUAUAUAUUGCGCCAAUCAAUCUAAAGCUAUAAUAUGAUUAUCCGAUCAUGCCCAAGAUUUUGUACCACACAUAAGCAGAUAUGAGACCUUAAAAGUAGGAUGACGAGAAAUGAAGAACAAGAGGAUAAUCGGUAUCGAAUAUUAAACCCCUAAAUAUAGAGAGGCGAAAAAAAAACAAGAAUAGUUAUACUUUCUUCCUCUACAAGAUAUCUCCCUCUCUCUCUUUCUAUGCUUUGGCUCUUUAGGGAAACACCUAACCUAGAAGGUGAAAAUGGAAAAUAUAACCAAAACAUAUAACUACGGAGGAGUAGACUGGAUUUGCGAGACAUGGAUAGGUGCAAGCUCGAUGGGAAUUGCCCAUGGAGAGAAUCCGAUCAAGUUUGCUCUUCCUCUUCUUCUCCUUCAGAUAUCUGUGGUCUCCCUAUUUUCCAUGUUUUUUCAGUUCCUUCUCCGGCCUUUCGGAAAAUUUGCAUUUCUCUCUCAGAUCCUCGCUGGGAUCUGCUUAGGACCGUCGAUUAUAGGACGUAACAAACAGUACAUGUCGACAUUUUUCUACACGAGAAGCAUGUACAUAAUCGAAUCCUUUGAGGCCAUAUGUUUCCUCUUCAUCUGCUACGUCACAACAUGUCAAAUAGACACGCAUAUGAUAAAGAGAGUAGGCAGGUUAGCAUUCAUAAACGGCAUCGUCCUUUUCCUCGUACCUUUCCUGUGGGGCCAAUUCACUGCCGUCUUGAUCUCCAAGAGGCUAGGAGGUAGACCCGCCGGGGUACCUCCUGCGGAGUUUCAUCACGUGGCGAUCGUGCAGUCCACCAUGUUCUUUCAGGUGGUUUACGGAGUGUUGUCGAACCUAAAGAUGCUCAACACCGAGCCAGGGAGGUUAGCACUUGCCUCCAUGAUGGUCCAUGACUGCCUCUCUUGGUGUUUUUUCAUGCUUAACAUCGCCCUUAAACAUAACACUCACUUAGCCGAUAAAAAUCACGCCUAUUACUUGUCCGCCGCACAGAUGCUAAUGAUAGUGAUGAUAGUAUACGUGUUCCGACCGAUAAUGGAGUGGAUGAUGAAGAGAACACCAGAGGGACACUCUCUAAAGGCAUCAUAUCUCACCGUUAUAUGUGUCUUGCUCUUCAUCUCCUCUCUCUGGUCAGAAUUUGUGGGCUUACCUUACUUCUUUGGUGCGGUGGCCUUGGGUCUAGCUACCCCGAAACGUCCGCCUCUUGGAACAGGACUCUCAGAAAAAAUGGGUUGCUUCAUCUGGUAUUUCCUGAUGCCUUGCUACAUCAUAGGGAUUGGCUACAACAUGGAUCUCUCUCUGUUUUCCUUGGGAGAUUUUAUCCGCUAUGAGAUACUCUUUGGCAUGGUCCGGUUCGCCAAAGUCGUGGCUGUUGCCUUGCCUUCCCUUUACUAUAAUGUGCCACUUUGGCACGCCAUUCUUGUCGGGUUUAUCGUCAAUAUCCAAGGAAUUUACGAUGUUCAAAUCUACAAACAGAACUUCAAUUACAGGAAAAUAUCAAAGAAAACAUUUGGAGCAAUGGUGUUGUCAGCAAUGAUAAACUCAACAAUUCUCAUAGUGGUUGUCAAGAAAGUGUACCAAACCAUGAGCAAACGCAACCCUUACAAGAGACGUACGGUUCAACACUGUCGAAUCGAGGCUCCUUUGAGGAUCCUCACUUGUUUCAGGCAGCGCGAGGCGGUCCGUCCGGUGCUGGACCUCGUCGAACUCUCUCGUCCAGCCAUCGGAUCUCCUCUCUCCGUCUUCGCCUUGAACUUAGAAGAGCUGAAUAACCAUAGUCUCCCUCUUCUCAUUCAUCACACGCAAGAGAUAAGUCCCUUCGUCGUGCCUAGCCCAAGAGACCAGAUCGUUAAGGCCUUCCACAACUACGAGAAGACUAAUCCGGAGACCGUACUGAUAGAGUGCUUUACGGCGGUGGCACCGCGGAAGACGAUGCACGAGGACGUUUGCACAAUUGCAUUUGACCAGGAGACAGAUCUUGUGGUCCUAACUCUUGAUGCCGGGAUGGAGUCGUGGGAGAGGCUGUUGUGUAGGAAUCUCCUGCAAACAUGUCCGUGCUCCGUCGCGCUCUUCAUAGACCGAGGGAGGCUCCCUGAUUUCAGGUUCGUUCCCAUCAAAAAGCUUUGCAUCACUAUCUGUGCUGUCUUCUUAGGCGGACCAGAUGACCGCGAAAUGCUUGCGUAUGCUACACGCUUAGCAAACCAUCCGAGCGUCGAGCUUCAUGUCUUCCGGCUGUUGGAUCAGAACGGCGCCUCGCCGCUCCGAGACAUGGUCGAGAGAAAUCACGACAUGAGAGUCAUCAACGUGUUCCGCAAAGAGAAUUCCGAAAAUAACAUAAUCUUCAGAGAGGUAAGAAUAGAGGAAGCUGUGGAACUGAUGGAGUUGCUAAGGAAGGAAGGAGACGACUUCGAUGUGAUGAUGGUUGGGAUAAGACACGAAGAGAAUCUAUUGAUGUUGGAAGGGUUGUCGGAAUGGAGCAAGAUGAAGGAAUUAGGAGAGCUUGGAGAUUUGUUGAUCUCCAAAGAUCUCCAGCUCUCUGUCUCUGUUCUCGCUCUCCACCAAUGACCUUUCUUUCUCCCUUUUUUGUUUUAAUGGAUUUGUACAUCUUUUUUUUAGACAUUAAUAACACGCUGUAUAAUCCAAGAAACCGACCAGUGAUAAGUUUAUUAGAGAUUAUCAUUUUAAAUACAAACCAUUUUGUUUUGUGUUGAAACCAUCUGUGUGUGUUCAAGAGAUUUUAUACUAUCACAUUUUGUUUAAACAGAAAUUAAUUAACAUCUUCUCUAUUUUGUUUAGUUUAAAAAGCUAUUUAGGGUAGUGCAUCUUGCGUAUAACUUUUUAAUCUAUAAACAGAUGCAUCUUGGGGAAAAAAAAACUGAGGUUGGAUUUUUGAAUUUGAUGAACCAAAAGGCUAUAUAGUCCAUUAGUUAAUUUAGGUUGUGGGGUUUGUAAGCAAGAGAUAUAGCAUAGAGGUCAACAAUUCCGGAAAGGACGGGUGACUAACUUAGAUAAAACAUCCACACUAAGAUAAAGUAUAGAUGAACAUACAUACCUUGAUUCAAGGCAUUUGCAUUGCUCCAGUUACAGCCAUUCUUAAAACCAUUCUUCCAGCAGAGUAGUACAUUAGCUAAGAAGAGGCAAAGCAAAACUUGUGUUCUUCUUCUUCCUUCAUUGGAAAGCACUAGUCUCUAUAGAACUAGGUCAUCAUACUAUAUAAGUUUUAAGAGAAGCGAAGAGAAACUUAAAACUUUUUAUCCAUUUCAAGCUAAACUUCUUACAUUAAAGGGAAUUUCAAAACAGACACGAAUAGUAUUUUUUUUCUUUUAAAUAAAAGAAACCUACAAUAUCUUUGUUGUUUAUAUUCUAGAAGAAGAAAAGUACAUUUAUAGAUUGGAAAUCGCCCCAAAGGCAUGAAGAAAGAAGGAGAUAAUGAAACCAUUACCACCAUUGAUGGACAAGCACCCCACUUUGUCUGAGCGAAGU